AACAUGACUCCAGUCACCGGGAAAAGCUUGAUGAUUGACAUCUCUCUCCUGCCGAAUUUGACGGAUGAAAGAGGCAUACCUCCGUCAGUCAGAGCAUGGCUCUUUCAAUAGCGGACAGCGCGAGAAAAGCAUCGGGAAUGCAUCCCCGCGGGAAAGCGCAAGACUCGGUUGUCAGUUUUGAGACAACCGGAGCGGAUAAGCUGUAGUCUUUUCUUGUGAAAAAGACAGGGAUACUAAGGAGGGAAAAUAUCGAAACAGCUGGCGAAAAAAAAACCUCACGUCAUGGGGAUACAACACCUUCUGUUACUUUUAAUAUAUCUGGACCCACUGAAUGUAUUAUGCGCUGCUACAGGCAAGAAAAAUAAGAAUAUCCCGAAGCGGACUCAGAAGGCUAAGGACCUGAACAGCACCGCUGUCCCCACGGCGGCUACGCGGAGGAUCACGCAGGUCCAGCCGCCUGCAACCGGCGAUCACGAGACGUGUCUGGGUUACUACGAUGUCAGCGGACAGUUCGACAAAGAGUUUGAAUGCAACAACACCGACCACCGGUACUGCUGUGGUAGCUGCUUUCUACGCUUCUGCUGUCAGUUUAAAGGAAACCGUUUAGAUCAGAAGACCUGUACAAACUAUAACACACCUGACUGGGUGAAAACUCAGCCUCCUUCACCUGUACCUACAGGUGAGACUUAUGAUCCCAACCUGGAUCAAACGAACACAACGGUCUACAUCACCUGUGGGGUCAUAGCUUUUAUCAUCACCCUCGGGAUUUCUGCAAAAGUGGCCUACGACAAAGCUACCAGACCUCCACAGGAAAUGAAUGUUCACAGAGCCCUGGCAGACAUUUUAAGACAACAAGGACCCAUUCCGAUAUCUCAGUAUGAGCAUGAGAACAUUGCAGCAAUGGAUGGCUCACCUAAAGAGAACACGCCUGUGCGGACCUCCAAGAACCACUACACCCCGGUUCAUGCAUCAAAGCCAAACCACGGACACUACAGUAAAGAAAAUUACCGCAGCGGGGGGCUGGACCCUCACAACUUCAUCUCGUCGGGGUUUGUCACGCUUGGACGAGGACAUCUCAAAGCACAGCAUUCAGUGGACAUAAUGGGACAGAUGCCCUGGCAGGAUGAGCUGGACAUGCCCACUUCCUACAGCAAUCACCAACACAACUACAACCCGCUGGAGCUUACCACCCAUACACCCAAAAUUGAGAAAAAGCGAAUGAACAACAUCCUGACCUCCCAGACGGAGGCAUAUGACCUCUCCUUCUCACGCUCCUACCAGAACCUCACCCACCUGGCGCCCUCCUAUGAGGUGCCACUCAAGCCUGACCUGUCGGACAAAGACAUGGAUGAUUACUAUGCACGGAAGCGGCGCCUUCAGCACGCCAUGACUAUCAACCCAGAGCAGGACCAGCCACCCCGGCACCGGCAGCGGCCGCGCCGCGUACAGAGGGCCCUGUCCCAGGACCACGUCCUCUCCCCCGAGCACACGCCCACCCACGGCUACGGCCUGUCCUCCUACGGUGGCCGCAUCCUCUCUGAGGAGCAGCUGCUCUCCGCCGAGCGCCUGCACUCCCAGGACCCCCUGCUGUCACCUGAUGGGAUGCUUUCACUCAAGCGCUCCAACUUCCGUGAGAAGGCCAUGGCACGGGCGCUGUCACACACGGACAUGUUCGUGCCCACCACGCCCGUCAUGGACCGCUACAAGAUGACGAAGAUGCACUCCCACCCCAGCGCGUCCAACGACUCGUACAACACCCUGACCGUCAACCAGACCGCCUCCAAGCGGCAGGCAUUCGCUUCGCGACGGACCCACACCGUGGACCACCUCCAGUAUAUCCCGGGCCACGCCCACCACUACCGCACGGCCAGCAAGACUGAAGUAACUGUUUGACAAGCAGGGGGCGCAAAGGAUUACAGUGUCAAUGUACGGCAAAAAAGUAAACAAACAAUAUGAAACAAAAGCAUCCAUCAUAAUCAAAAUGCCUCCAGCAAUCCAGAGUGACCCGAGCGGGCCUCUUGUCAUUUCUGGGGUGAAGCGUAAUUUUUUGUUGUCGUUGUUGAUUUUUAGUUUGUUUUUUAAGAAAAGACAAAAAAACUAGCUAUCGAAAAUUGUAUUUGCUUUCAGCACCAGCUUCAGCUCACCUAGUUUUGGGGUCAUAAAUAUGUAAGAUUCAGGCGUUUCUUUUCCACACUUCUGGUAACAUUAAAGGGCUUUGCUCAUUGACACAGAGAGAAGGACCCAUGUUGG